AUGCCUCAUGGGGCUCAAAUAGGUAGUAGUGGUGCGCAAUCAAAUGAUCAAGAAGAUGAAACACCACAAUUUUACACUCAAGGUAGCUUAGAAACAUUUAACCUUGGUGAAGAAGUUGCAUCCGUACGUGUUGUGAAUACGCAUAAACAAAGGUUCCAACAAAAAGAGGAUGGAAUUCUGAUUCAAUCAUGGCUCAACGUUUCAAAAGAUUCAAUUGUUGGGUUGAUAAAAAAGGAGAUAGUUUUUGGAAGCGGACCGGUGAAGCUUACAACAAGCAUCGUGACAUCAACUACAAAGAGAGGAAACUGA